AUGAAUUGGCUACCUUUCGCCUUAUUUGUUCUUUAUCAGCUGUCCGUGACUACUGGGGCUAGGACAGUAGACGUGUUUGAGUUCGGCAAUAAUGUAGGGACUGUAUCAUUUACAAAAACUGGUAAGAUUAGUUUACUGGAUAAAAAUGUCAAAGUGCCAAUCGUCCUGCCUCCAUGCAUGGAUUUACGAUACGUUCGCGUCAACGUCGACAAUAAACGAGGGCCCCCGAAGGUUGAUUUCGACGCUGACGUCACGACUGUGAGCAUAAGGUACAGAAGACUCCAAUACAGCAAAUCUACCUUCACGGUCGUCGCUAAAGCUGUCCCCAUGAAGAACUGUAAGAGCGAAGAUGACUAUGAUUACGAGUAG